ACAACUCCAGCGACGAGUGCGGACGUUCUGUCCGCAUAUCCGUCGUGCCCUUGCGUAUCUGCAAAUGCCACAAACACCUCAGGCAGAUGCUGCAACUAUAUGUGAAGAGCUGUUUGCGGUUACGGGGCUGCGAGCAGAAGUUGUGGAUGGGAGCUGGAAUCUCCCUUCCUGGAACGGCCUUCUAAACGGCGAGAGCCCCGUGAUAAAACCUCCUCGGCCACUACUAUGCUUCCGUCCGGAGAGCAAACAUGACGUGCUGCACGCCUGCGCUGUCGCCGCUACGCAUGGCCUCAAGGUGUCGCCCCGAGGCUCCGGCCACCACUACGGCGGCUGCAGCCUUGUGUCGGGCUGCCUGCUGCUUGACCUGUCGGCACUCAACAGCGUCACGGUGGACGUGGCGGCGCGCACGGCGGCGGUGGGGCCGUGUGUGAGCGGGCGGGAGCUGCGGGCUGCCACAGCGCCGGCGGGGCUGCACUUCCCCGGACCCCACCUGUCGGAAGUGGGGCUGUCGGGGUUCAUCCUGGGCGGCGGCAAUGGCUGGGGUGUGCGGCACUGGGGCGCGGCGGCGGACAAUGUCAUUGAGUUUGAGGCCGUGGUGUUUGGGCACACGCCCGCCGCUGGGCCGGCGCCCGCAGGAGCAGAUGGCAACGGCAGUAGCAGCAGCAACGGCAACGGUGACGGCAGUAGCAGCAGCAGCGCAUACGGAGCCGGCAGUAGCAGCAGCAACGGCAACGGUGACGGCAGUAGCAGCAGCAGCGCUUACGGAGCCGGCGGGCCACGGCUGGUGCGUGUCACUGCGGAGAGUGACCCAGAGCUGUUCUGGGGUCUCAAGGGCGCAGGCUCCUUCCUGGCAGUGGUGACGGGGUUUGUGCUGCGGCUGCACCCCGUGCCGCCCGCCCUGCCGCUCACCUGCGCCAUCUACCCGCUGACAGCCCUGGAGCAGGUCGCCGCCUUCUUCCAGCGCUUCCACACCUCCCUGCCCUCCUACAUAGAGGGGUCGCUGGCCAUCGUGGGCGGCGGUGACGGCGGCGGCAGUGAAGACGACGGCGCGGAUGGGGGCGGCAGUAGCGGCAGUAGCGAAGGCGUCGGCAGCAGCGGGGCGGCGGGGCGGCGGCGGGUGACGCCGGUGGUCAUCGUGUCGUGUACGGCAUUCGUGGAGGCUGGGCGGCCGGAGGUGGAGGCGGCAUAUGCGCAGCUCCGCGGCUUCCUGCCCGACACCCGGAUCUCGAUCCAGGAGGGCCCCCUGCCGUACGACGCCGCGCUGUCGAUCCUGGAUCCAGGCUGGAGCUGGCCGGGGCUGUGCAUGUACGGGCACGGCUGCUUCGUGCCCGUGCCGGCGCUGGUGGUGCAGGCGGCAGCGGAGGGAGAGGCGUCGGCGGGCUGCGGCGGCGCGCUGGCGGCACUUCGGCAAGCGGCCGACACCAUGACCUCACCCCGGUCCAUCCUGCUGGUCUGCCCCAGUGCCCCCUCCACCGCCCCCGGCUGUAGCAGUAGCAGCAGCAGCAGCAGCAGCAGCAGCAGCAGCAGUAGCAGUGGCGACGGCAGUAGCGGCAGUAGCUGCAGUGGUGCAUUCGGAUUCCGGGACACCUUCUACACGGCCGCAUACGCGAUGUGGACACGCACGCCGCAGGGCCCUGCGGCGGACGGCGACGCCGCCCACGCUGCCUGGGUGCGGGCCGCGGCUGCGGGCCUGUCCCCACACGUGUCCGGUCUGUACGUGAACGAGGUCAUGCACGACCAGCCCGGAAACAGCCAGGUCCGCGGCAGCUACGAGGCUGCGGCCUACGUGCGGCUGCGGGCGCUCAAGGCGCGGCUGGACCCGGGCGGGCUGCUGAGGGCGCUGUGACGCAAUGAUGGGGCACUCGUGUGUGUGUGACCGGCGGGCGGACGGAGGCUGGAAGGUGUGGUUGGAAGAGCAGGGCGGGGAGGUGGGGCAGGGCAGGGCGUGUCAAGUGUCAAGCAGAGCGCAGGUAAAGGUACGGGGCACGGCGUUAAUGGGCUGGUACUUUGGUGGCGGAUGGAGUGCCCUGGAUUGCUGGACUGCUGCUGUGCUAUUGCUACUGCCGUAUAACCAGACGCAAUCGGUGUGACUCAUGAGGUCUCAGUUGCGAAGAGGGUCUGGCGCCUGUCAGGAGAUAGUUUGGCGGCGGCGCCGAGGCCGCGGCUUCCACCUAUUCACGAGUA